UUCUUCCGAGGACUCGGCUAUAUAUUGGGUCCCAUUAUUGUGGAGCCAUUCCUCACUACCGAAGUAGUCGAAGACGAUUCGGUCACAACUGUGGCGUCCAUUAAUGGGACAAAAACGGUCGACAGUAUUGUCUUAUUUGCCAUAAAUGGCACUCAAUCUCCAGAGCCUAAAGAAGAGGCACACAUUUACAUACCAUAUAUGAUCAAUGGAGUGAUGUUAAUAUUGGCGGCGGUAUUGGUAUUCAUUCAAUACCUGUUUUGCGUCCGAUUGAAUCGGUUGACCAAAAUGACGGUCUCCUCAUCGCAGGACACCAUCAUCUCUACGAUCACAUGCGAUGACAAAGUCUCGCAAACCAUUGACAUCGAAAAGUAUGAAAAUGAGACCAAAAGAGAAGAGCCAAAGCUAUACACCCUUUCGAUUAUCAUUUUGUGUUCGGUUUUCUACUUAUUCUUCUUCGAAGAGGUUGUGGUCACAUAUUUGGCCUCAUUUUCGGCUAACAUUGAUCUACACUUAACCAAAUCCGGGGGCGCUUUCCUCACCUCAAUCUUCAAUGUAUGCAAUGUUAUCGGCAAAGGAAUCGGUAUAGUGUUGGCCCUCAAACUCAAACACUUUACUAUGCUUUACAUGAAUUUGAUUGUGUGCGGAGUAUUGAAUAUGUCGGGCACAUUGGGCAGUGUGUUUGUGCCGCUGGCCAUCGCUAACUACAUCGAGUCCUACCCCUUGAGCCUCAUAUACGCGUCCCUAUUGUGUGCGCUCUCGUGUCUCAUCGUUUUGAUUGCUAUCCAAAUGCUGAUUGUCUUCAGACAAAAGCGACUCAAACGGCGACAACUCAUUCAAGAGAAACCUGUUGUCAAGUGUUAGACACACUUUGA